UGGGUAUUACUUACUUUUAAAAAGUAUAGAAAGUACUUUUUUUUGCCAAAAAAAAAUGGAUGAUUUCCUUAAAAUAUUAAAAGAAGAAUUGGAAAAACUUGAUUUAGCUGCUAAGAAAAAAUUGGAAAGUAACGAAUGGGCUCCAAAAACUGACCCGAUUGAGGAAACUUUUUUAUUGCGUUUACCAGAAAAAGAUGCAAAGGAGAUGAGCGAUAUUAUCGACUCAGGCAAAGAAAUAGAAUCAUAUCUGACAAUAGACGAUGAAGAUCGCAGUGGCACCUUUAGCUAUGGGGAUAAAACAUUACAUGCAAGGGUUGUCGAUCUGCCAACAAUAGUGGAGUCAGAAAAAAUUUAUGAACCUUAUGGAUUAUACAAAACCGCUAAUAUAUCACAAAUGGUAAUGUGCACAGAAGAAGAAUACGUACCAAAACAGGGGAGUAAACCUGAUAACUAUUUAUUUCCUCAUGGAUUGACACCAGGUUUAAAAAAUGUACGGAAACAUCGUUUUCGUAAAUCUGCCAUACAGGAACAUCCAAAAGCUUUUGCACGGGAAGCGGAACUUAAAAAGAUAUUGCUCAAAGAUAUCGAAGCUUUUAAAGUAAAUUAUAAAAUUCUUCUUGAAGAACCGAACGAAUUAAGUUAUAAAACGAGUGACGACGAGUCUUCGCCGAAAAGUGAAAAUUCUAAUACGCCUAAUAUGACUGAUGAAGAAGACUCAAAGUUUGUGAAACGAAAGAAAGAUGUACCUUCAGCAAAAGUGAAACUUGAAGCUGAAAUUGAUAAAUUGCAGAAUGCAGUAAGGAAAUUACAUCGCGAAAAAAUUUUAAAAUCUCGUGCAGUUAUUUCAACUGAUAAUAAUUUACUAAAGAGACGUUUGCAUGACUCACUUGAGCAUCUGCUAACUGCUAUUCCUAAAAAGGAACACCAAUUAGAUUUGGCACGUAAAAGAUUAAAACGGUUUUAAAUUAGCAUUUUAAUUAUUAAUUAAUUAUUAUAGAUAAUAAUACAUCUCUUCAUUAAAUGAAUGACACAAUUAUGCAACCAUUAGAUAAAGCAUAAAGUAUACAUUAUUAUAAUACUCGUAUAAUACUCGUAUGCUAGUAUACAUUUUUCAAACUAUGAUAUAGGAUUCCCGAAAUGUACCUUAUA